CGUCUCCCGAUUGGCUGUCAGAACUCUCGGGUUGUCUCGCGCUCUCUGGCUGGACCAAUGGGGAUAUCCGCAGUCGAGAGGACGGCAUCGCUGGAGUGGUGGCUCAGCUGUUUCCUCUGGAUAUACAUCAAAUAUUGAGAAGAAAGAACAUCCAGAGCUAAAUGUUCUGUUUAAACCAGUAGUUGCUGCUCAGAAAAUAAAGAUGCAAACCCAAAGUCAGUUGUUUAUACGUUCUUCAUGCAAGAGCAUUGUAUUAAAGGAGAGAGUAAGCUGUGUUGAUCAGUGACUUUGGUGAAGGCUGAGAAAGUUGAAGAAAAUUUGCAGAUGAUACACAACUUCUAAGAGGGAGACAGAAAGUCAAGACAGGAUUGUGGAAACUCUUCUCUGCCACGCUUUGGUAAUAGGAGGCACCCUCUAUUAAAUGGAAGAUAAAGGCUACUUCAUCUAAAGUGCUUUGAGCCCCAGAGAGAGCUGUCUUCAGCACCUCACCACGUGUCUACUUUUCGUUGCUUAGGCGAGCCUGGGCUUUUCUGUAACAUUUGCAUUCCACAUUGGAAGAAGAGAUUUCUAUAGAUGAAAAAAAUGCCUUUGUUUAGUAAAUCGCACAAAAAUCCAGCAGAAAUCGUGAAAAUUCUGAAAGACAACAUGGCCGUUUUGGAAAAGCAAGACAGAAAGACAGAUAAGGCUUCAGAAGAAGUGUCGAAAUCACUGCAAGCAAUGAAAGAAAUUCUGUGUGGGACAAGUGACAAGGAACCCCCAACAGAAGCUGUGGCUCAGCUAGCACAAGAACUCUACAAUAGUGGGCUGCUGGUGACACUGAUAGCCGACCUACAGCUGAUAGACUUUGAGGGGAAAAAAGAUGUGACCCAGAUAUUUAACAACAUCCUGAGACGACAGAUAGGCACUCGGAGUCCUACUGUGGAGUACAUUAGUGCUCAUCCUCAUAUCCUAUUUAUGCUCCUCAAAGGAUAUGAAACCCCACAGAUCGCCUUACGUUGUGGGAUUAUGCUGAGAGAAUGUAUUCGACAUGAACCGCUUGCGAAAAUCAUCCUCUUUUCUAAUCAAUUCAGAGAUUUCUUUAAGUAUGUGGAGUUGUCAACAUUUGAUAUUGCUUCAGACGCCUUUGCUACUUUUAAGGAUUUACUGACCAGACAUAAAGUGCUGGUAGCAGACUUCUUAGAACAAAAUUAUGACACUAUUUUUGGAGACUAUGAGAAAUUGCUCCAGUCUGAGAAUUAUGUGACUAAGAGACAAUCUUUAAAGCUGCUAGGUGAACUGAUCCUGGACCGGCACAACUUUGCCAUCAUGACAAAGUACAUCAGCAAGCCAGAGAACCUCAAACUGAUGAUGAACCUCCUCCGGGAUAAAAGUCCCAACAUCCAGUUUGAAGCCUUUCAUGUCUUUAAGGUGUUUGUGGCCAGUCCUCACAAAGCACAGCCUAUUGUGGAGAUUCUACUAAAAAACCAACCCAAACUCAUCGAGUUUCUGAGCAGCUUCCAAAAAGAAAGGACGGACGAUGAGCAGUUCACCGAUGAGAAGAACUACUUGAUUAAACAGAUUCGAGACUUGAAGAAAACGGCGCCUUGAAGUCUCACCCAGUUUCCUGCCACCGUCACUGUCUCAUUUGUUCAGUUUGUACAAAAAGUGUCAUUUCAAAAAGUAGUCAUUCUUGGGAAGGCUUUGGAGGUGGCUAUUUUUUUCUCAAUUCAUUGUUCAGGGUAGAUGGAAUAUAAAUGUCUGAAAGAAAAAAAUUAAUUUAGAAUAAUAUAUUCAUCUUAAUCGAGUCUGUGAUUAUUUAUGUGAAAUCAGAGCCAUUGUUUUAGACAUUCAUAGAAGCAAUUUUAACCCUUUCUUGAUGAAGGGCAACAAGGCUGUGGGCUUGCAGACCUGAGCCCUGAGUCACCACGAGCCACCAAGUAGUAGGAGCCCAAAGAAUGGGCGUCACUGAGUUCUCGAAGAGGAUUAAAUUCUUAGAGAACUGGGCAUGGGGGCAAGACGCACAAAACUGUUUUGCCCAUCUGUACUUGAACAAACAAAUUUCUCAAGGUACCAAGAAAAUAAGAUCCAUGUUUUCAGUCAUUACGUAUUCUGUUCCCUGCCUAUAUCUUUUAACUGUAAUCAUUCAUUCCUAACUUCCUAGGGAAUUGAUGCCCACCUUUCUGCUUACUGCCCCACAUUCCACCCCAAUGGAUCUCCUCAGCAUGACCAACUCAUGGUACACACACAGACACACACACUCCUCCACUCUGACCAGGUUAGCAUGGGACCAACUAAGUCCAAACAGGAUGGACUAACAAGAGUCAUGGGCGUAGAGCACCCACAGGGUAGGACCUGCUUACUUGAGAACUUGGAACAGAUGGGUAAGAACCACAGCUCUAGCAAAAGUCACUGCUGUUUCCCACAGACUUCUGUCGGGUUAGUGAAUGUCUGGAAUAUUUCAUUCAUACUUCUCAUUAUGGGAAAAAAGUUUUGUGGUGAAAGUGUGUUUUAGAGUAGGAAUCAUUGCAUUGAGAUGCCUAGCGUGUGCAAAACCAUGGGUCCAGAGGGUUGCACAGGCCUUUAUAAAUAAGGGAAUGUUGCCGUUGGAAGCGCAAAUGAUUAAAUGCAUGAAAAAAAUCCUCAAAGGACUAAAAAUUUUUUCCACUUUAUUUUCUAAUAAGCUGUCGUUCUAAUUUCACAUCAAAUUCCUCAGUGAAAAGGUAGAAAACUUAUAAAAAUGUUGGUCUCAAAUACUCUCUUGCAUACUAGGAUGGUUAAGGAUUAAUUUGUGUUUUUUUAAAAAGGCCAUGGUUUGUUUUCAGACAUCAAGUGUAUAAAACGGAAUUUUAAGCGCUAUUUACAAGACAUUAAAGGUACAAUUGUUAAUCUGUA